UAUCAAAAUGUUCUGGAUGCGUCUGGUUGUGGUUUAUCUAGCUGCUUCGCUAGUGUAUGCUAAAAAAGAAGCCUCGGAGGACGUAUCUGACAAGCUAGAAAAAAAGAAACGCUUUGCUAUCUGCAGCAUGCGACCUGCCUAUGGCAAUUGCGGGGGACAUCGGUUACUGUUUAAUUAUAACAUCUACCGGAAUGAAUGCCAGUUGUUCGUCUAUUCGAACUGUGGUGGAAACCAAAAUCGUUUUCACAGCAAUGAGCAGUGCAUGAGUUAUUGUAACGGAUAA